AUGCCGCCGAAAACUAGUGGAAAGGCAGCCAAGAAGGCUGGCAAAGCCCAGAAGAACAUCACCAAGACCGAUAAGAAGAAGAAGCGCAAGAGGAAGGAGAGCUACGCCAUCUACAAUUACAAGGUCCUGAAGCAGGUCCACCCUGACACCGGCAUUUCGUCGAAGGCAAUGAGCAUCAUGAACAGCUUUGUGAAUGAUAUCUUCGAGCGCAUUGCUGCCGAGGCGUCUCGUCUGGCUCACUACAACAAGCGCUCGACCAUAACCAGUCGGGAGAUCCAAACGGCUGUUCGCCUGCUCCUGCCCGGAGAGUUGGCCAAGCACGCCGUCAGUGAGGGAACCAAGGCUGUCACCAAGUACACCAGCUCCAAGUAA